AUGCGUCGACAUCAUGGACGGGCACUUUCUCCCUAUCACGGGCGGACGGCCUCCCCUCCUUCCGCAGAGGUGUCCCUCGUCCGCAGCUUUGACUCCAAGGUCAACCCGUCGCGACCUGUCAGACAAUCUCCUUUGGCAACCUCUCAAAUUCAGGGAAUGCCUUUGGAUUUGAUCGACCGAAUUCGCUCCUUUCCUCUCUUUCAAUCCACCCCCGAUAGUUUCCUUGCCGACAUUGGCCUCCUCCUCAAACCUCAACUGCAUAAUACAAAUGACUAUAUUAUCACCGAAGGGGAAGACGCCAAAGCAAUGUACUGGCUUGUCCGAGGCGCUGUGGCUGUCACCUCACGCGACGGUGAGAGUACCUAUGCUGAAUUGAAGCCCGGGGCUUUCUUUGGCGAGAUUGGAAUUCUGAUGGAACGCCCACGUACUGCUACCGUGGUUGCCCGGACAAGGUGUAUGGUAUUUGUCCUGAAAAAGGAGGAUUUGAAAAAGAUGUUACCCAAUUAUCCGGACGUGGAACGAGCAAUCCGAGAAGAGGCACUGGAAAGAUUGACACAGCUGGAGAAGAAGAAACGACAAGUCUUGCUCGGGACCGAAGAUCUUCCAGUCCACGAGAGAAGAGGGUCGAAACGGGCCAGAGCUGCAUUCGGAGAAGAUGUGUACAUGGAUGAUCGCGAUCACGACGUGACCAGUUCAAGCAAGAGGCGCAAAUCUCCCAGUCCGGGAACGAAUGAAGUAUCAACAGCCAGUGCGUUGGGACAUGGUCUUGUCAACAUCCGAGCCACCUUGAAGGAACUGCCAUUGUUUGCUUCUUUGCCGCCGGAGAUCCUCCAUUUUCUCGGUCUCAGUGCCCAGCCGAGGAGUUUUGCGCCAUUCACCGAUAUUAUCAAGCAAGAUACCCGAGGACGAGACGUUUAUUUCAUUGUUCGCGGCGAGGUGGAAGUUUUGGAUGAGAAGAAUGUCUCCAGUCCCAAACUUCACAAGUCCCGUUCACCCAAUGGGGUACCAAGGACACCACGAGUCAAGGCUCGUCUCAAACCAGGACAGUACUUCGGAGAGGUGGUGAGUUUAUCUCUGGCCGAUCGCCGGACGGCCACGGUCCGAUCGGUCACGCAAGUCGAAUGCCUGAUGAUCUCCGAGAACGUGUUGGCAGAUUUUUGGCAUCGGUGUCCUCCCAACAUAUUACAGCAGAUUGAAGAUACGGCGAAAGAGAGAUUACGAACGGCUUUGGAUAACGACGUGGUGAUGAAUGACGCAGACACGGAGCCUAACAUCAAUCAACUGGCGAUAGAGGACACGGAGAAAACUCUCCAGAAAGCCACGCAGGGGCCCCGAGUCACUUUCACCGAGGCCGAGAUCAGCAGCUCCAUCCAGCCUGUUCAGACGGACGAGCCGGUUACUCUAGAACCUUCAGAUCCCGAUCCAUUUCUGAGUGAAGGUCUUGAAAAGGUGAGAUCUCGGUCGAGAAGAGGAUCAUUUGCGCUGCCGCCUGCGGACGAACCGCCCAAAGAACAGAAACGACGUUCUCCCAGAGCAUCUCCUGUCACAGCCGGCAGUCCAUCUCCAAGAAGUUCGGCAUCAGGGACACCAUCGCCUUCCUCUGAGCAUAAAGGCUCUGGAUUUCCAUUCUCUGACCCAUUUUCUCCGGGAGGACGACCGAAGCCUCGACCACGGUCCAGCCGCGGUCUCAAUCGGGGAAUCAUUCCGGAGAAAGUGUUACCACUGAUUCUGGAGCACCUCGACCUGCACGACUUGAUGCGCUCCCAAGGAGUAUCAGUUCAUUGGCAGAAUGUUCUCCACACGGCCCCGAAUUUAUUACAUCAUCUCGACCUAUCACGAUACAACCGGAAAGUCACAGACGACGUCUUAAUCAAUCGCAUCUGCCCUUUCGUUGGCGAGAGACCUCGGUUAAUAGAUAUCAGCAAUUGUUUUCACGUCACCGACGAAGGUUUUGCCGCUUUAGUCAAAACCUGUGGCGCUCAUGUUGAAACCUGGCGUAUGAAGAGUGUUUGGGAUGUUACGGCUCCCACCAUACUGGAGAUGGCAAACAAGGCCCGUGGACUAAAGGAGAUCGAUCUGAGCAAUUGUCGUAAAGUCAGUGAUACAUUGCUGGCGAGGAUAGUGGGUUGGGUCGUCACCGCACAACCUCCAGCAACCACCCAACGCAACAAGACCGGUGCUCAGCGCCCUGUACUCAACACCAAGCUGAACAAUCCUGCGUCGCAGCCUGCCCCCGGUACGGUGAUUGGAUGCCCGGAUCUGUCUUCCAUCACCUUGAGCUAUUGCAAACAUAUUACCGAUCGAACAAUGGCGCACAUUGCAACUUAUGCCAAGGGAAGAAUCGAAUCCAUGGAUUUGACUCGAUGUACGACAAUCACAGAUGCCGGAUUUCAAUUUUGGGGGAAUGUCAAAUUUGAAAGAUUGAGGAAGCUAUGUUUGGCUGACUGCACCUAUCUCAGCGAUCAAAGUAUUGUGUGGCUGGUGAAUGGAGCCGGCAGUGGUUUAAGACAACUUGAUCUGUCCUUCUGUUGCGCUUUGUCCGACACCGCGACCGAAGUUCUGGCUCUUGGUUGUCCAAACCUGACGCACCUCAAUCUUUCCUUCUGUGGCAGUGCAGUAUCGGAUCCCAGUCUAAGAUCGAUCGGUCUCCACUUAACCUCCUUGAGAGAACUGGCAGUUCGUGGAUGCGUUCGUGUAACCGGUCUCGGGGUGCAAAGCGUGGUUGAAGGAUGUCAAAAACUCAAGUUAUUCGAUGUGAGCCAAUGUAAAAAUCUUCAACCCUGGUUGGUGUCGGGGGGCACCGAACGUUGGCGAUCAGCCGGUCGAGACGUGGAGUUUGUGGUUGUCAGUUCCGGGACCAAGCUAGUGAAGUGA